GUCAGCUGUUGUGGGUGGCUCAUCAAAACAAAGAAAAUUGUGCAGAAUUUUGUUUAUUAACCGAAACCCUAGAGGAAAACAGAGAUUUCCAUGGAUGGCCACCUGCGCCUGCACAAGGUGGGCGACUUCGCCGCACCGAGUCUCCAGGAGAAGUCUAGCAAGGGCGGCAACAUGGAGCAGCUGUCGGGGGUGAUGAUAAUCAUCAUAAUCAGUGGCGGCGUACUCACCUGCCUCAUGUUGUUCAUCUUCGCCAAGCGGCAGAUCAUGCGCUUCCAGCUGCGAGGACGACGUGGCCCCCACGUGCCGGUGGGCAAUGAUGCCAAAAAAGCGCUGAGGCGGGAGAUUGAACGGCGCUUGGACUGCAUCCAGAAGAUCACGCAGGAACCCAAGCUGCUGUGGAACGAUGGCGACAAGUACAUCGUCCAGCCGGAGCAGGACGCGCCCCUCCCGCCGUACUACUACCGCAUGAAGGCCGUGGACGACGUAAAACUCCUGGAGGCGGAGAUUGCCCGGGCAGAUGGCAGCUCACGACAUGCUCCCGAGAGCCUGAGGGCCUUCCUGCUGACCACUUUGUCGGUCACUUUGAACGGAGCCGGCCAGAGGAUGAUUCACCAGUACUGCGAUAUGUACGAGCACGCCCGCCACGACCCAAAUGAGUUUGGAAAGGAUGAGUACGAGGCCUAUCACCAUUUGCUGCUCAAGCUUUUGGAGGCAUCAAAGCAGCUCAAGAACUACAAUUCUAGGAAGGCUUCGCCCGCGCGAACUCCGCGAAAACAGACCAAAAUGCAUUCCCUACUGGAUCCUGCUCGUCUGCGACCGCCCUCAACCUUGGAGAAUGUGCAACCCAGCAGCGAACUAACGACUGGACAGCACGCCAAGGUCAAUUUGACGCUGGGUCUGCAGGGCGGCAGCGGCAGCGGUGGCGGUGGUGAAGGAGAAGCCGAGCUGGCCACCAACCCUCUUCAUCUACAGGCGCCCUGCGAAAGAGAUCUUAUCAUACGCAAUAGAAUUAAGACUCCCACAUUGGAUGAUAUAAUCGUAGAGGCAGACCACCACCUGAGCAAUGAUGUGGGAAUUAUGGAGGACAACGAAAUCAAGAGCAUUUCCUCCAUGCAAUUUCAACGGAACUCCAGCAAUGUCUAAACUUUUAGGAAGUAGUAGUUCUGAGCCAUUAAAAAAUAUUUUUAAGGAAAUAUUGUUCAUAAUUUAAUUUAUGUUAUUAUUUGCUAGUAGUAAAAACUUUUAAGAGAACCCACAUGCUGGCAGAAAAAGAA